AUGGUGUCUUGCACCUUGAGCGCUCACAACCCAGGGCUCUCCAUUUUGGUGUGGAUCCCAGGCCUGGAGCAGUUCCAUGUAUGGAUUGGGAUUCCCUUCUGCUUGAUCUAUGUUGUUCUUCUCUACCUCAUCGUGGUGGAGCGCAGCCUUCACGAGCCCAUGUUCUUCUUUCUCUCCAUGCUGCCCACAACUGAUCUAAUCCUGUCUACAGCUGGUGUGCCCCAAACCCUCAGGAUCUUCUGGCUAGACGCUCGAGAAAUCACAUUCCCCGGGUGCCUGACGCAAACGUUCUUCCUGCACGACAGUUUUGUCCUGGAUUCAGCCAUUCUGAUGGCCAUGGCGUUUGAUCCCUACGGGGCCAUCUGUUCCCCUUCCACGAUCUUAACGCUCAGGACCAUCAUCGAGAUGGCAGUGGGUAUCUCCUGGUGCAGCUUCUGCAGCAUCCUGCUGACACGCCUCCCGUUCUGUGGGACACGCAUCAUCCCCCACACAUACUGUGAGCACAUAGGUGCUGCCCGAUUGGCCUGUGCGGACAUCUCCAUCAACAUCUGGUACGGCUUCUGCGUUCCCAUCAUGACGGUGAUCUCAGACGUGGUCCUGAUUGCUGUCUCCUACACUCUCAUCCUCCGUGCAGUGUUUCGCGUCCCUUGCCAAGAUGCAUGCCAGAAGGCCCUGGGCACCUGUGGUUCCCACGUCUGUGCUAUUCUCAUGUUUCAUACACCUGCCUUCUUCUCCAUGCUUGCCCAUCACCUUGGGCACAGGGUUCCCCGCACCUUCCACAUCAUAUUUGCCAACCUCUACAUUGUUAUCCCACCUGCGCUCAACCCCAUUGUCUAUGGAGUGAAGACCAAGCAGAUCAGAGAGAAGAUCCUAUUGUUGUUUCCCCUCAAAAGUACAGAAUGA